GACUAAAGGAAAAUAUUAGUAAUCACCAGAAAGACCAUGUACAAAUAGAAGAAAAAAUUUUUAUGGUACUUUGUGAAAUUAAGUCUCUUGCCUUGUAUGUACAUAUAUGCUUUAACCCUCAGUGA